UUUCGUGUCGGUCGUUUCGUUUCUUUGUUUCGGGUUUUAGUACAUGCCAUUCGAUUCUUAGCCAAAUUCUCUCUCGUUCCAGGAUUCUUCCGGAUUGAAAUUAGAAAUGCUCUCAAGUGACUGGGGUUUCAUUCCCGGAGUCUAGUCAUGAGUGACGUCACGAAAUUAAUUUGAAUAUUUUGCUUGUGUGCAAAUCUAUUUUUAGAUAGAUUUAAUUGCCGAUGGUAGUUCAAGGUGGUUCUACGUCUAGGCUGUACAGAAAUAGGCGCUGGCAAUUUAGCAGAGUAUCGCUUGCCAUUGUAUUGUCUUGCAGGACCAGUAGCGCACAAAAAGGUUCAAAAGUUUAACGAGCUAAUAGAUCAAAGCUGAAAAGAUGGCUUCAGAUCAAGACCUGUUGUUCAAGACGCUCCUCAUGUCCAUUUCAAAUCAACUCACGACAGAAGACCUCGAAAAAAUGAAGUUCGGUCUUGAGUUACCUCAGGGCACCUUAGAAGACGUGCAAAAACCGUUCGAACUCUUUCGUCGAAUGAUGAACGCUAAGUUAUUGUCUGCCGAAAAUCGAGGUCACUUGGCGUCCCUGUUGCAGUUUGCUGGUCGAUUCGAUUUGUGUAACGAGCUGAUGCAACACCGUGUGUCCCAGUUUGGGCCAACUGAAGAUGCCCGUCAGUGCUAUGCCGGAGAUCUCCCUUGCAGGCCUCCUCAUUUUUACGGCAGGAGCCAAACUUUGGAUGAAAUUGUUGAGGUACUCAGUAAAAACAAUGGCCAACGCCUUGUUAUUAUAACCGGCCCGCCAGGCUAUGGAAAAUCCUGUUUAGCGCAAACAAUUGGACACACGAUGCUUGAAAAACAAUUCAAGGUCAUCUUCCUGUGUUUACGCGAGAUCAAGGCUGUGGAUAAGAUGUCUGCGAAGAUUCUACUUGCCUUAAACGUUUGCCAGGGACUGGCCAACAAACAGUGUGACUUGGCUAAGUCGCAUUUAAGGUCACUGACCACAAAGACUAUAUUAAUUCUUGACAACGCUGAGGAUCUUCUUAGUCAAGAAGACACGAGACAUGAUUUUAAUAAUUUUAUUGACCACGUGGCCAAGUUCGCGCAGAAUGUGAAAUGCGUCAUUGCUUCAAGGGUGUGGUGCCCAGCCUCCUCUCGCCACCCCGUCAAACUGCUCGCUUUAGAAAAUGACGCCGCAGCGGAACUGCUCCAAGUGAAAGUCCAAGAAUGCACCAUGUUAACAUUAGAAGACCAUGAGGCCACGACUAUUGCAAAUCUUUGCUUCAAUGUCCCUCUCAUUUUGAAUGCGGCCGCCGCCUACUUAGAAUUCGUUAGUCCGCAGAAGUUGAUUGAAAUUUUGGAAGAAAGUUCUGCUCCUAUAAACUUAGCUGAUAUGGACGAUUUGUCGCCGGAAUUUAAAAUGAGGCGCUUUCUCAAGGGUUGUUUGCAACAACUCGGUCAAGAAGACCAAGAAGCCCUGGUCUCCUUAGCGGUCUUCCCAGCGGCGUUUGAUUAUGAACAGGCAGCGCGCGUGUAUGAUUCACCCAGGCUUGACGUGACUUUGAUGCAGCUAGUAAAGAGGUCACUUGUCCACUGUGAUGUGAAAUCCAAGCAGUAUUUUGUUCACCAAGUGAUUCAACUUUGUUGCAAGGAAAACGCCAAGAACGACGAGCGGUUGUGCGCGUGUUACAACAAAGCACGAGAGAGGUUUGUUGAACAUUAUUUGGCCCUUAUCACAGAACUUCAUCGGGGCUUUCUAAGCAAAGGCCACAUGCAACAGAACCUUUGUCGUUACUUUGCAGAGGAACAGUAUAUUAUACAAGCAAUUUGGUGGGCGGCAAAGGGUGGUACAGCGCUCGCCACACGCUGUGUAGAGAUUCUCAACAAUGCUGUGAUUUUCUUAGCCAAAGUCAUGAAGAGGAGUGAAUUUGAAGAAGUUUACGAGCUCGUAUUAAGCGCAUUCCAAGGCGAUUUGCGUUUAGUUGCCGACUGUCUUACUUGCGUCGGUAUAAAACAAAUCUACAGCUGUGAAUGCCAUCGAGCAUGCAACGUCACGUCAGAGCGAGGCUACAGGGUUCUACAGAGAGCGUUAGAGAUUUACGAUCAGCUAGACCUGACCGAGGGAGAGCUGGUACUACAGUGCUACAGCAAGAUCGCCCGCUGCAUGGCCAAGAAUGGAAACCCGUCAAGAGCACUGGAACUGAGUGCACGAGCUCUUGAAGCGCGGGAAAAGAAGGGAGAAGAAGAACCCCUGAAGUAUGCGGCUUGUUGCAACGACAGAGCAGGUUUGACACGCUUGACUUCUUCAUCGUUAUAUUCUGUAUAUGUUACAGAUUGCGUACUCUGGUUACAAUUUCUCACAACUGAGUGAACAAACGUUAAAGGAGCUACGUGACGGAUUGCGCAUCUUGAAAA